CCCGGAUGUCCUGCCGGAGAAACUACAAUGCCGAGCAUAAUCGACUUUUAUUCUGAAGCACUGGUAUGGCUUGUAUCCAAAUGGAAUGGAGAAGUCAUCCAUAUCCACUGAUAAUCUUGGGGAGGAAGACGAACCCAAAUUUUUUUCGGCACCCGAUAGCAAAGUGGUCAACGGGAAAAAUGAUCAAUAGCUGGCGGUAAACCCAAGAGGAUUUUUUUUUUUUCAAUCCUUCUACUCUUUGAGCCAGACAAAUUCCAAAAUGGCCGCCCCUGCAGCAACACAGAGUGCUUUACAAAAGUUCAUUAACUCACCAGCAGGUCCCAAGACCAUUCACUUUUGGGCCCCUGCCAUGAAAUGGGCUUUGGUCAUUGCCGGUGUCGGUGAUCUUCAGCGCCCUGCUGAGGUUCUCUCUGCCUCUCAGAAUGCCUCGCUCGCUGCCACCGGUUUGAUUUGGACUCGCUAUGCUAUGGUCAUCACUCCCAAGAACUGGACCCUCUGCACUGUCAAUGUGUUUGUUGCUGCCACUGGUCUUACCCAACUUGCCAGAAUUUACAAGUACCGACAAACUGAUGAGUAUAAGCAGAAGGUUGCUGAAGGCAAGGCCUAAGCCCACUUCCUCACCAUUGUUCAUACCU